AUGCGUACUGUUUAUUGGAUCUUACUCAUUUUUGUACUCGGUAAGUCAUUUUUUUUAUUUUUUUUUGGGGUUGGACUUUUGAUGUCAAGCCGUCAACAUUAAUGUUUUGUCGAAUUCAACAGUCUGGACUCGAUCUUUGUAUGGUUGGACUAGUGCUUUGAGUCUGGACUCGAACCUUGUGUGUUUGGACUAGGGGUUUGGGUGUAUAGGUUAAAACCUUGGUUUCUAAAUUGAAGCUAUUAUGACUCGAGCAAGUCCUUUAUGUCUAUCCUACUUCACAUUACCCUACCCUACCCUACCCUAUCCUAAUGCAACCAAGACCUACUGUAGUUUUUACUCUAUGUAUAAUACUUUUAGUCCUAGCCGUAGCCUACACAAAUGCCGAAGUCACAUCAAACGACCUUGCUGAUGCACGACAGCACAACGUAGUGAAACGUGCUGCUCACGGUGGCAAAAAGCACGGUAAGAAGGGCAAAGGAAAGGGUAAAAAACACCACAAAAAUGGAAAAGGCAAGAAGAAGGGCAAGGGAAAGAAGAAUGGUGGCCGUUAA